AUGUCAGACAACUUUACUGGCGGGAAACUAAAAUUCAAGGGUGUUAAAGAUGGAAAAGUUAAAAAGAAAAAGAAGAGGAAGCUUAAUGAAGAUGCCAUCAAAUUAGAAAUAAAGACUGAAUCAGAAGAAAACGGUACCAGCACACCUACUUCUGACAUUGUCAGUAAACCCAGAAGUUCAAAGACCAAGGCUGAAAUUGCAUUCUUGAAAACACAACAAAAGCGAGAGGGUGAGAAGAUAUUGAAUAAAGCUCAGACAUCCCACAAGGAAAGAGUUGAACAGUUCAAUGAACAUCUAGACAAUCUAAUUGAGCAUUUUGAUAUCCCAAAGGUCAGUUGGACUAAGUGA